AUGAAUUCUUCUUAUAACGGUGUUCCUAUGCAGCAGGACGAUCGAUAUGCUUUGACAAUUCUUACUGAAGCCGCUAUGCAAACCGAUCCUCAAGCUAACAACAAUCCUUCAUCCAAUAAUUUCAAUACAAUGUCAAACGCCACCAACACUGCCUAUCUGAGUAGUAAUCUAGCUAAAAACAAUAGUGUCUCGACAGUCCAAGACACCAGUUAUCAUUCACGUGCACCGCCUAUCUCGACACCCAUUUCUUCAUCCGCGAUCAGUAAUCGUCCCACCAAUACAUCGCAAUAUCGGUUUCCACCUUCAAUAUCCAACCUUCUCGGGGACCACACAAGACCUCACCAAGAUAUGCAGGGACUUGCUUUCAAUCCCACAGAACGAACCUCACAAGGUAUCUUUAUGAACCAUCCAUUUCAAUCAACAUAUUCCGAUAGUCUAGGAAUUUUGAACGCUGAGAAGUAUGAUGAUGGGAUAUCUCAUAAUCCUAGUAUGAUGGGUAUGAAAAGUCUGAUGCAAAAUCAAAUACCGUUUGGAGUGGUGGAGAAGCAUGGAGAUAGUAGUGAUACCAAACCACAAAGUGAAGAGAAUGAGCAUGGACAAGGGAAGAAGCGAAGGAAAAGAGCCAGAAAUGAGUCUCCAAAUCCUGAUGACGACGAUGAUGAUGAAGCUCGAAAAAAGGCGAGAGGGAGACCAAGAGUUGAUACUAAAGAUGAAACAGCUGCCGAUAGGCGAAGAACUCAGAUUCGAAUGGCCCAGAGGGCCUAUCGACAUCGCAAAGAGACAACAAUUUCUUCUUUAGAGAGGCAAGUCCAAGAACUUAGAGGUACAAAUGAAGAAAUGAAUAACAUAUUCAUUAACCUCUAUGACUUUGCCAUCAGUAGAGGUCUUCUACAACGCGAGCCGGAGUUUGGUCAGCAACUUCAAUCAACUACACAAAGAUUCCUUGCUCUCGCAAAACAAAAUGCAGGCGACGAACAUCCAAGGCAUACAGAUGACUCGCUAGAUAAUACCACACAUGAAUCUCAUGGGGAGGUCAAACAUCCUUUGACAAGUCAGAAUGCUCAGUACCCACCUCCCCAUACUCUGCCUUCAGAUGAGCCGGCUACCACCGAGACCAUAAACACAUGGGGUGGAUACACUGUAUCGAAGGAUACUGGUUCUGAAGAAGAAGAAAGGCAGAUCGAAUAUAAUCACAACGGCACAGAAGAACCUAGACAAUUUGAGAUAAUCAGCAGGGCAACUGAAGAUAACGCGAGUUUUCCUUUUGACUGGACGAGUAUUCAACAAUAUCGAGUCGAGAUACCUUCCCCUACCAGCAAUGAUUUCCUCCAAAGCUUUUACCCUCAUGCCGAGGUCCCGCUUCCAACUACACAUUCUUACUUUGAACUUUCAUUUGCACGUAGAGUGCACCGCGCGACAGUGGAACAAGGCUACAAGUUACUUACAAUGCAAAAUCCUCCACAACAACGAUUCGAAAAAGCAUUUGGCUAUUGCUUGAAAUAUCAAACCAAGGAAGAAUGCAUUGCGCGAUUUCAAAGGAUUAUGAAUACUUCAUCAAAGGGAUCUCUUCAGGAAUGGCGCUAUCCAUUAGUUCACCUUGGAGGAUCAGGUACAUACUAUCCCAAUCAAGACUCUGAUGCUGAUAAUGAGUUGAUGCCCAAAUUCCGUACUGGAUUUUCUAUGGGCCCAUUUUCCACAGGCGUCACACCACUACUGGAGAACAUCAGUUCUGAUAUGAAAUGUACCAUUCCUGGAUUUGAAGGCGAGUUUUUUGAUCCUAACGACGUUGAAGGCUAUCUUAGAGGUCAUGGAUUCGAUCUUCAUCCAGGUGCCGACUAUAUCACAGGACAAAUAGAACUUGAGGUUUCUUCAGGUGCCCACAGUCCAGGGACUGCUAGUACUGACUCGAUAUUCCCACCUACACCUCGGAGUCCAGUUGGAAAAGUCCUUGAUGGAACCAAUCAAAAUGCGUAUAAUCUCGAUUAUAUCAAUGGUAACCUUAAUAAAGAAGCUCAAGCUAGUGCCAUUUCCCAGUCUAUGGAAAUUCCAUCUUGGAAUGCCAGUAUUCCCAAGGGGGCUAAUCCUUUUGAUUUAUCCGGUCCAAUAUUUGAUGGUACAGCCGGUCCCGAUUCUGAAACUUCGAGUCCCAACGUUAGUACCAAUAGUAAGCGCUAUACGGAGAAACGUACUGUGACUAUCAAAGUCGAAACCCUGAUCAGAGAAUUGAUCGGUAUUUCAUGCUGCUUGGGUCGUUCCCCUGGAUACAGACGAGCCGAUAUAGAUGCUGCGAUCAUAACUGCAGCAAGAGAAACUGGGUUUGAAUGA